GUCAUCUCUGCGGCUCGGUUGUGUUUGGCGAAAAGCUCUAUGAAAAGCGGACAGAUAGUGCGCUAUAUAUAAAUACAUUAUAAUAUUAUCUGGAUAAACUAUCGGAAUGUUGAGGUCUAUCAGCAGUAAUUGUCGUUACACGGCUGGGCAACAAGAAUGCGUGAAGCGUUUGCUUUCGGUGAGCAGGACGCUUGAGCAGCAGAACCUAGCACAACUUUUGGACUCAACACCGACGCGUACCGAUGACGAUUGGCUGAAGGCAAAACCCUACUCCGAAGUACCUGGACCAACGACGUGGCGCGUGCUUUCCUACUUUCUGCCAGGCGGAAAAUUGUAUAAUACGAACUUGAUACAAAUGAAUCGGCGCAUGCGGGAGAUGUAUGGAGAUAUUUAUCGCUUUCCGGGUAUGAUGGGCAAAGCUGAUGUUAUCUUUACUUACAACCCACAAGACUUUGAGGUGACCUACAGGAGUGAGGGUGUUUGGCCUAUACGCAUAGGUCUGGAAAGUUUUACGUAUUAUCGCAAAGUACAUCGACCGGAUAUAUUUGGUGGCAUAGGAGGACUGGUCUCCGAACAAGGCAAGUCCUGGGCGGAUAUACGCAACAAGGUUAAUCCAGUGAUGAUGAAGGUGCAGAAUGUCAGACAGAAUCUGCCGCAAAUCGAUCGCAUAGCCAAGGAGUUUAUAGAGAAGUUGGAAACAUUACGCGAUCCGCAGACUAACACUCUUAGUGCAGACUUUCACGAUCAGCUUAAGAUGUGGGCCUUCGAAUCGAUUAGCUUUGUGGCGCUCAACACUCGAAUGGGCUUGCUCACAGAUCAACCCGAUCCGAAUGCAGCUCUGCUGGCCCAGCACAUGACAGACUUCUUUAACGAAAGCUUCAAGUAUGAUGUGCAGCCAUCCAUUUGGCCUUAUUACAAGACACCCGGCUUUAAGAAGUUUCUACAGACGUACGAUCACAUCACAGAGAUCACAACAAACUACAUCGAAGCAGCCAUGAAACGCUUUAAACUGGAGAAGAAUGAAGAGAACAAGUGUGUGCUGGAGCAGCUGUUGACCCUCAAUAAGCAAGUGGCUGUUGUUAUGGCAAUGGACAUGUUAAUGGCCGGUAUCGAUACGACCUCUUCGGCAUUUGUGACCAUACUUUACCAUCUUUCUCGUAACCCCGCCAAGCAAGCCAAGUUGCAACAGGAGCUAAAGGAUAUUCUAACUGAUCCCUCUGAGCCGUUGACAGCUGAAAACACAAAGAAUAUGCCAUACUUGCGUGCCUGCAUCAAGGAGGGACUUCGCAUCACCUCUAUAACGCCGGGUAACUUUCGCAUUACUCCCAGGGAUCUAGUGCUUUCCGGUUAUCGCGUGCCUCGUGGCACAGGCGUUCUCAUGGGUGUGUUAGAGUUGUCCAACAGCGAUGAGUACUUUCCACAAAGUGAGCAAUUCAUGCCAGAACGUUGGCUGAAACAGGACGCGACUACCGAGAACCAGGCGUGUCCCGAGGCCCGCUCUCGCAAUCCAUUUGUGUAUUUACCCUUUGGCUUCGGACCACGCACCUGCAUUGGCAAGCGCAUUGCCGAGCUGGAGAUGGAGACGCUGCUGGCUCGACUGCUGCGUCGCUACCAUGUCACCUGGCUGGGGGAGAAGCCGUUGCAAUAUGAGAGCACCAUAAUCCUGUCACCACACGGCGAUAUACGCUUCAAGUUCGAGCCAAUUGAUUAA